AUGCGCUACCAGCGUCCUGCACUGGCCAGGUCCUCCAGGGCCAGUGGGCGGGCAAGUCUCCACCGGCACCCCUUCAUCCGCAUUUGGCGGGGGAUGAACAAGCAGUACGUCCGCCGGGAGGUCUUCUGCGGGAACACCUGUCACGAACUCAAGCGCUUCUGGGAGCGCGAGAUCCUCAAGCAGACCUACUACCGGGAAUCCGAGGAAUACCGACUGGGAAGAAGUGCCCUGAGAAAGCUCAGAGAGGAAUGGAGGCAGAGACUGGAAGCAAAGCUGAGGCUGCGGAACAAUCCAGAUGAGCCCGAAAAGCGGGCAAAUCUUCUUAUCCCGCUCACCCGUGUGCUUCUUGGCCAUGGGACCAUUGGCCCCUCCCGGGCCUCACCCCCACUGGCCAGGGCCCUGCUGGCCUCGGCGCUCCCGCCGCUGGGCCCACCGGCGCCCCCGUGGAUCUCGGUCCAGUCCCACGGUGCCAUCUGCCAAGACACAGCCCUCCCGUCCUGCCCUGAGCACACAGACGGCGAGUGUCUUCUGGACUCUUUCGCCAGCAGUGAGCAGGACCCCAUGCAGGAUGGGACCCAGGGGACGCAAACAGCCCCCCGGUCACCGAGGUCACCUUUCCCCGGAGGCAUUGGCAAGGAUCACUGGGAGGACACCAUCUCCACCAAAAACAACCAUCCAACAGCUAUAACCUGGCCACCCCUUGGCAUUUCCUGCAGUGGGAGCUCAACCCUACAACAGAUUAGUGCGUGGAGACACCUGCUGGACCAGCCACACUGCUGCCAGCCCCAAAUCCAGGCCCCCGAGGACAGGGCUGGCGUGGCCCUUUGCUGUCGGUCAGAAAACCGCCUGCGGCUGUCGAUGAAGAGGAACCCUCCACCCCCGGCCUCUCGCCUCUCUGGCCCAGGUUCUGCUACAGACCCAGCUGCCCUCGGGGUCUCCCGAGACCCUGUCCUGAGGCUCCAGCUCAGCUGGUGGUGGACAAGGCCCAGCGACGGCGGGUGGGGGCAUCCUGGUGAAUGUGAACUACAGGGAGAGCUCACAGAUCCUGAAGGAGUGGGGCUAGAGCAUCGCGCCAACUCAGGGCCACCUUAA